UGCUUAGAGACCGGAAGCAGGGGCCCUAGUUCUUUUUCCCAUCUUGCGAGAUGGCGGGUGAAAAGGCUGAGAAGGCGCCUGCUAAAGAGAAGAAACCUGCAGCCAAGAAAGCUGAUGCUGGUGGCAAGGUUAAGAAGGCCAAGGGCAAGGCCAGAACCCCUAAGAAGGGGAAGCCCCACUGCAGCCGGAACCCCGUCCUGGUGCGAGGCAUCGGCAGGUACUCGCGGUCUGCCAUGUAUUCCAGAAAGGCCAUGUACAAGAGGAAGUACUCAGCGGCCAAAUCCAGGAUUGAAAAGAAAAAGAAGGAGAAGGUUCUGGCUACAGUCACAAAGCCAGUGGGUGGUGACAAGAAUGGUGGCACCCGCGUAGUGAAACUGCGCAAAAUGCCCAGAUACUACCCUACUGAAGAUGUUCCCCGAAAGCUGCUGAGCCAUGGCAAAAAGCCUUUCAGUCAGCAUGUCAGGAAACUGCGAGCCAGCAUUACUCCAGGGACCAUCCUGAUCAUCCUAACAGGGCGUCACAGGGGCAAGAGGGUGGUUUUCUUGAAGCAGCUGGGCAGUGGCUUGCUACUUGUGACUGGACCUCUGUCUCUCAAUCGGGUCCCCCUGCGUAGGACACACCAGAAAUUUGUCAUUGCCACCUCUACCAAGAUUGACAUCAGUGGUGUGAAAAUCCCCAAACAUCUCACGGACGCUUACUUCAAGAAGAAGAAGCUGCGAAAGCCCCGACACCAGGAAGGUGAGAUCUUCGACACAGAGAAGGAGAAAUACGAGAUUACAGAGCAGCGGAAGUUUGAUCAGAAGGCUGUGGACUCGCAAAUUCUGCCAAAAAUCAAAGCUGUUCCCCAGCUCCAGGGCUACCUCCGCUCUGUGUUUGCUCUCACCAAUGGCAUUUACCCACACAAAUUGGUGUUCUAAGUUUCCUGCAAAGAAUAUAAUUAAAUAAUGAUCAUUUC